AUGGAGAAGGAGAUCGAAGUUCGAGGGCCUUCACUGCCUAUUCGUCGCCUGGAGAAGGAAGAAGAAGACUGGAGCAAAGAUCGAUUUGAAGACGAAGACGAACCAGAUGAGGCUUCCUGUUCGUCGCCUAGAAUGGAGAAGGAGAUCGAAGUUCGAGGGCCUUCACUGCCUAUUCGUCGCCUGGAGAAGGAAGAAGAAGACUGGAGCAAAGAUCGAUUUGAAGACGAAGACGAACCAGAUGAGUAUUGUACUCCUAUUCGUUGA